UUUCCACCCGGAAAUUUUUUUAUCGCCGGACAAAAAUGGCGUCGACCGUGCAGCGUGAGGGCAGUGAUCCCGGAGCGGCACCAUAUGGAAAUUUCAUAAAUUACUACACGUUCAACCCCCCGGAAAAUCGUUUAACCCUAAUACCACGUACGUUACUACGGGAUAUAGGAUAUAGUUCUGAAACUAGUGAAAACAUAACCGUGCUUGAUGUUGGAUGUAAUUCUGGGGACUUUACCGUGGCGCUGUAUCGACAUCUUCAGGAACAAGAGUCCAGUAGUCGUACGGCAGAGGGGUGGGUACACCUGCUCGGCUGUGACUUGGACGAAGGGCUAAUUUUGCGAGCAGAGCAGUCUAAUCCUUUCCCCAAUAGCAUUUCCUUUAUCCAUCUUGAUGUCGCCAAUGAUGAACACAGUCGGACGCAGCUCGGGAGCUACUUGAGCAAGUUUGGUCGUUCCAGCUUUGACCUGUGCCUGUGCUUGGCGGUCACCAUGUGGGUGCACCUGAACCAUGGCGACGAGGCGCUGCUAGAACUCCUCUCCCGCCUGGCCUCCCUCUGCCAUCACCUGCUUCUGGAAACCCAGCCAUGGAAAUGUUACCGCUCGGCAGCACGCCGAUUGCGCAAGCUGGGCAGAGGAGAUUUCGAACAUUUCAAAACAUUGAAGAUCCGCGGGGACAUGGAGGAGCACGCAAGGGACCAUCUGGUGAGAAAUUGCGGCAUGAAGCUGGUGCGCAGCUUUGGCAGCACAGCAUGGGACCGCACAUUGAUGCUCUUUACAAGAAAUGCAAUAGAGGUGGGAAAAGAAGAAAGUACCCAGCCAUCUACAAACUAAAAUGGAUAAGAAAAGGAACUUGUUUGUUGAUGUAAUUGCACUUUUUAAACGCCAGAUGGCAGCAACGACUCCCAAUCUGGAAAAGGACAAUGGCAUGUGCAUAUAACCAUGGGGCACCAAGGUGGAGCAGGAUCAGCCAACAGGACGUGUUGAACGAUCAGCCUUUGUGGGUGGAAUUCCUUAUAUCAGCUUUGGAUCUGAUAACCAGUGCUCGCAGAUGGGCGGAGGUGUGGUGAGGUUUGAAUUCCAGACACAAACAUUCUUUUGUUUAGUAGUAGUUUUGGUCGAAAGCAACAUACAAGUAAGGAUCAGAGAUCCCUGGAGUGAUUGUGGUUAUGGGGCCUUCUCACUGGUCCCAGCAGUGGCAUCACUCUACCAGCUAUGGUAUGUGGACCAAAGACCUUCCUAUUAUGGAUUCUAACCCGCAGAGCCACACUGAAUGAAGGGCUUAAUGUUUUGUCAUUUCUGUGUUAAACAUGAAUUGUUUUCUACGUAUCAUGACACAGAAUGAAACACAGUACAAAUCACAGUUUGAAUGUUUGAA